GAUGGCCUUUUUUAUGUUUAAUGAUACUUACUUGUAUUUAUAAAGUAAAUGUGAGUUGAUAGUAGGGCAAGUGGGAACCCUAAAUAUAUAGUUCAAUUUAUACUAGACACAAAACCUCAGGUAAAUAUUUUUAAAUAUUUUAAUUUACCUGAGAGUGAAAUAGACAAAUGAAUUUAAUGAGCCUUGAAGGGGGUGUAAUGCUGUCCGUGGUGCUGAACACUAUAUUGUCCCAGAUGUGCCAAGGGGGCUGCGGACGAAGGUGAGGGAGUACCUUGCCAUGUUAGGGUACUGAUGACAAGAAAGAAAGAGAUGCAGUGGGGAGAAAGCAUCAUUUCCCUCUCGAGCAGACAACUCAGGAUAAAGUGUUCAGAUGAAAAGGGAAGUGGAGAAGGCUGGAGGUUUGGACGGUUGGAUCUUCCCCUUUUCAUAUGGAGAUUUUCAGUCAGAGCCAAUCAGGAAGAAGGCUAUGAGCGAGAGGAAGGCAGAUGACAGCUAUGAAUGUGUUCCCUAGCUCUCCUGGUGGCUUAUGGCAUUCUCCAAACUCUCGUGCAAGGGCUAUUCCUGACCAAGAAGAUCCAAGGAGACCGUCUCUGAAAUCAAAUCCUGAUGAAGAACUAAAAGGCAAAAUGUGAAUAUGGUUUUUGCUCACAGAAUGGAUGACAGCCAGCCGCCUUUGGUCAUUCCCACCCUUCUAGUGCCGCUCCCCAACCACAGCUGCCCCGAGGCAGCCACGCCCGGGCCCAGCCAGGACCUGACGGAGCUGUCCUCACAGCGCGGCUGGGUGGGCAACGCGACAGACCCGCAGCUCGCACCGAGACCCGGGGAGGUGGCCGCAGCCAGCAUCUUCUUCGGGACCCUGUGGUUGUUUUCCAUCUUUGGCAACUCUCUGGUUUGUCUGGUCAUCCACAGGAGCCGGAGGACGCAGUCCACCACCAACUACUUCGUGGUCUCCAUGGCGUGUGCGGACCUCCUCCUCAGCGCGGCCAGCACGCCUUUUGUCCUGCUCCAGUUCGCCACCGGCAGGUGGACGCUCGGCAGCGCCAUGUGCAAGGUCGUGCGCUAUUUCCAGUAUCUCACCCCCGGCGUGCAGAUCUACGUGCUCCUGUCCAUCUGCAUAGACCGAUUCUACACCAUCGUCUAUCCUCUGAGCUUCAAGGUGUCCAGAGAGAAAGCCAAGAAGAUGAUCGCCGCCUCGUGGGUCUUCGAUGCAGCCUUCGUGACCCCCGUGUUCUUCUUCUACGGCUCCAACUGGGACCGCCAUUGCAACUACUUCCUCCCGGCCUCGUGGGAAGCGACCGCCUACACCAUCCUGCACUUUAUGGUGGGCUUUGUGAUCCCAUCUGUCCUCAUCAUCUUAUUUUACCAGAAGGUCGUAAAGUAUAUCUGGAGAAUAGGCACCGACGGACGAACAGUGAGGAGGACAAUGAACAUUGUCCCCAGGACAAAAGUGAAAACGAUCAAGAUGUUCCUCAUUUUAAAUCUAUUGUUUUUGCUCUCCUGGCUGCCUUUUCAUGUCGCUCAGCUGUGGCACCCACAUGAACGAGACUAUAAGAAAAGUUCCCUUGUUUUCACAGCAAUCACAUGGAUAUCCUUUAGUUCUUCAGCCUCUAAACCCACUCUGUAUUCAAUUUAUAAUGCGAAUUUUAGGAGAGGAAUGAAAGAGACUUUUUGCAUGUCCUCGAUGAAAUGUUACCGAAGCAAUGCCUAUACGAUCACAACCAGUUCAAGGAUGGCCAAAAAAAACUAUGUUGGCAUCUCAGAAAUCCCUCCCAUGGCCAAGAGUAUAACCAAAGACUCCAUCUAUGAUUCAUUUGACAGAGAAGCCAAGGAAAAAAAGCUUGCUUGGCCCAUUAACUCGAAUCCACCAAAUACUUUCGUCUAAUUCCUGGGAAUUCUUUCAGUUAAUGUUAUGUGCCAGAGAUUAAAAAGCUUUAACUAUGAAAACAGAAGCUAUCUAUAUGUAUUUUUCUAUUUUUUUGAGGGAAAUGUUUUAUUUUGUAAAGUGCAUUUAGUUACUGAUUAUAGUUUUUAUGGGUUUUGUUUGUGUUGCUUUUUGUUUUAGGGGAAACCUUGACCUUGAGCAGGUCCUUUUACUCUAUUAGUUACAUGUGUGAAAAAGGGACUUUCUGAUCUUACUUGAAGCAUAAACCAUACAUACAGUC